AUGACUUCACUGGGCAUCCCCACUCAAUGGGCAGUCAUGGCGGAACACAAUAACCAAAUACUCACCGUGAAUGUACGCUCUGUGAGAGCAUUCAAGAAAAUCAACCCAUUAAUCCACUUCCCUAAAAUCUCUCUUUACAACCAUCACUCACAUUUUCAACUUUGCUUCUCGCAAUCUUCUUACAAUAGUACUCACCAAAAUCCCCAUUCAUUUGUGACAAAAGGUUUCAUUCUUAUAAUCUUCUCAUUCGCUCUUCUUUCCCUUCGUAUAAUUUCCACUAUUCUUCUUCCUGAGUUUCCUCAAAGAUGGAGUCGACUAAUCGCAUUCUCUAAACAAGCUGAGUCGGAGCUGAUGAGUAGUUGUCCACAGCAUUUGAUUCGAGCUGUGGUUGCCUAUGAGGAUAGACGAUUCUUUCGCCAUUUUGGCGUCGACCCAGUUGGCAUUGCUCGUGCUGUUUUGUCACUCUCGUCUCGUGGUGGCGGAAGCACCAUUACCCAACAGCUUGUCAAAAUCUCAUUCUUGAAGAAUGAACGCACAUUUUUGAGGAAAAUUGUUGAGAUGAUUCUGGCUUUAGCACUCGAGGGAACAAUCUCAAAAAUGGAAAUCUUGAGUGCUUAUUUGUGUAAGAUUUAUUGGGGACAUGGUAUUUGUGGUAUUCAAUCUGCAUCAAAAUUGUAUUUUGGAAAGCACAUAUCCCUUCUUAGCUUGGGAGAAUGUGCUAUGCUUGCAGCAAUGAUACCAGCGCCAGAGCUCCGGUCACCAUUCAGGGACAGUAGCAGAGGAAAAACCUUCCAAGCUAGAGUUCUCAAAAGGAUGGUGGAAUUUGGAUUUCUUGAUGUAGAGAUGGCAAGCAUUGCUGUAAAACAACAUCUCAGAUUUAAUUCUGGAAGCCCAGAUCAUCCAGAUGGGUCCUUGGUUAUAUCGUCUUUCUCCAAAGAGCAUUCAAGUACCAACACAAAGUGUGAUGGAGAUUUAUUCUCGACCAUUAAGAGAGUUUGGGACUGGGAAACAGAAAGCAAAAUCUGGGAAGUGAAAGAGGACAUGGACAGCUGGGCAAAUGGUGUAAAACGAUUGGGAAGCAUCGAUGAUUCCAAGUUCAAGUCAAAACUUCUUUUCAUUAUCAGAUUGCUUUUGCCAAAAGUGCAUUAAAGAGAAACAACAAAUAUUUUGCCAGUGUUAUUUGGUGCUCAAGAUAUAAAAAUUACAUUCUUAUUUAAAGCACUUGACCAAGUGUUUGCUUCCAUUCAAAAAUUUAAAUUGACGAU